AUGAAGGGACCCAGAAAUCUGCGGGCAGCACUGUUGGCUCUUCUCCUGGCCACGUCCGCCCUGGGCGACAUUGGCAGGACUCCCAAGAGACUCGCGGAGAGGAGGAACUGGACACCUCAAGCCAUGCUCUAUCUCAAGGGUGCCCAGGGACGCCGCUUCAUCUGGGACCACAGCCAGAGGAAGGGGGUCUCCGAACAGCCGCCGCCAGAAAAGCGAAGCUCAAAACCUCAGCCGCUUCUUCCAGAAACCACAGCUCUCCUCCUGGCAUUGUUAAAAAAGCUGCAAGACGCUACAGAUGGAGAAGAAAACUUUAAUCAGAGGAGAUUUCUGGAAGACAGGCUGUUAACUUGGUGAAAAUAGACCCGAUAAUGUUUAAUCGUCGUUGUGUUCCUACUGAGAACAGAAACCACAUCAAUCAAUCCCUGGGCACUUUUUACUCCAUUUAUCAUCUUAGAAAGUAUGCACCUUCUUUUAUUCUUGCAGAA